CGAGAGCGCGGAAGGGUUCCCCGACGACUAACACGAUUGGGGAGUUCCGUCUCUCACAAAUUUACGGACGAUCGAAAGCCCAAACAUUCUGGCUGUAGAUGGAGCCACCGCCGGGGACGGACGGCGAUGACGCCGCCGCGUGUAAGGAGAAGCGCCACCGUCUCCAUGAGAGAAUAGAGAACAGCCGCCGCGACCAGGACGACCUCAUUGCCUCCCUCCAGAGUAUCGUCCCCGACCUCAUCUCAUCCCUCGAUCUCUCUCUUCGCGUCGUCUCCGCCUUCCACUCGCUUCCCCCUAACCCUAAGAAGCGCCCUUCCUCUAACUCGUUGUCUCUUCCUCCCGAUCCGCCUGGCCGGAGACUUCCUCCUUCAACGGAUGCGCGUCCGAAGUCUGGCCAUGGCCCGCCUGAUGUUCGUCCCCGGCCGGACCGUACCGCCGAUUCUGCCGCUAAGGCGUUGCCCGUCGUUCGGUCGAUGAUCGCCCUAUUGCUCCUCGAGCGUGUGCCCUUCACGUCUAUCGACUCCGCUGCUAUUCUUCGGAAGCUCGAGAACGAGGCGUCUACGGCAUCGCCUGCGGAGAGGGCGGCGCUGCUUGAGCUCGGCGGUGAGGCGGGGCCAAUUGCUGGCGUGGAGGCGGCGCUGCGGUCGCUUGCGGAUUCUGGCGGAGCGGUCGACCUUGAGGAGUUCGUUGUGAGUGGGAAACCAAGGGUUAUGGUUCUAGGGAUUGAUCGGAAUCGACUCGUGAAAGAGUUGCCGGAAAACUCGCAAGGGGGGGAGGGGGAUGGUGUUGGGGGAGGAGCGGUGCCACCGUCAGCGGGGACGCUGGCACCAGUUCCGGCUGUUGCUGAACCGAACAGCGGAGUGUUUGGGAUGAUGCCGCGCCCCGAGAUGUGGAUGGGAUCUGCCGACCCUCAUUUUCCUGGAAUUUUCCCUGGGGGAGUUCCACCUCCAGGGGGAGCAUUGAUGGGUCCGAGGGGAGGAGGUGGUAGGGUUUUAGGGAUGAUGGGCAUGCCGAGACCAAUGGGAGUGGGCCCGUUGCACCGGCCACCCCUGCCACCACUGCCCGCCACAACGAUGGGUGGUCCGGUCACUCCUGUGAAGCCAAGGACUGACGACGACGACAUGAAGGAUUUGGAGGCAUUGCUGAGUAGAAAGUCCUUCAGAGAAUUACAGAAGUCGAAGACAGGAGAGGAGCUUCUUGACCUGAUUCACCGGCCUACAGCCAGGGAGACCGCUGUUGCAGCGAAGUUCAAAACAAAGGGUGGUCCUCAACUGAAGGAAUACUGCACUGCUUUGACAAAAGAAGAUUGUCGCCGACAAAAUGGUUCUUUCAUUGCAUGUGAAAAGGUCCAUUUUCGUCGUAUAAUUGCACCACACACAGACAUUAAUUUAGGUGACUGCUCUUUCCUUGAUACAUGUAGGCACAUGAAGACAUGCAAGUAUGUGCACUAUGAGCUUGAUCCAACUCCUGAUGUCCCUGCAAUGAUGAUGGGGGCUGCUAAUCUUCCACCACAAAAGCCAAUAAAACCACAACGUGCUGAAUACUGUUCAGAAGUAGAACUUGGUGAACCACAGUGGAUCAACUGUGACAUUCGGUCCUUUCGAAUGGACAUUUUGGGGCAAUUUGGAGUUAUCAUGGCAGACCCACCUUGGGACAUUCACAUGGAAUUGCCUUAUGGUACAAUGGCUGAUGAUGAAAUGAGGAAUCUUAAUGUUCCUGCACUGCAGACUGAUGGACUCAUAUUUCUGUGGGUUACUGGGCGUGCAAUGGAGCUUGGACGAGAGUGUCUGGAACUUUGGGGGUACAAGCGUGUUGAAGAACUUAUCUGGGUGAAGACAAAUCAACUACAAAGAAUUAUCAGGACUGGGCGUACUGGUCACUGGCUAAAUCACAGUAAAGAACAUUGUCUUGUCGGGAUAAAAGGUAACCCAGAGGUUAAUCGGAACAUUGACACUGAUGUCAUUGUUGCUGAAGUUCGGGAGACAAGCCGAAAACCAGACGAGAUGUACCCAAUGCUUGAGAGAAUAAGUCCCAGGACAAGGAAAUUGGAGCUCUUUGCUCGAAUGCACAAUACACAUGCAGGGUGGAUAUCGCUUGGUAACCAAUUGAACGGUGUGAGGCUAGUGGAUGAAGGUUUGCGUGCUAGAUUCAAAGCAGCAUAUCCAGAUAUUGAGGUGCAGCCAGCUUCCCCUAGAGCCUCUACAAUUGACACAGAUCCAAACUCUGGACAACUGAGAAGCCCGUUUUCUGGAGCUGAUUCAAAAUCGACAAACCAGUUUAUAGAAAUGACUGGCCCCGAGCAUUUUGGGUCAGAUGAUAAGCCCAUGCUCCCCCAAAUCGAACUUGUUGGUUGAGAAACUGGUUGGUGUUUUCGAUGUUGCUGCUGGUAGCCUUGAGGGAUGAACUCGUGCGUGGAGAGGCUGUUAGAGUAAUCCUGAUAUAUCGUGGCAUGGAACCCUCAGCCUCCAUCGACGCUUGGAGGGGAUCUUUCAUCUUCCGCAGCUUACUGCAUAUUUAUAGAAGAUUAGUUGAACAUUUGCUAAUUCAACAAGUAACCAAUUUUUUUGUGUCAAAUGUAAUGCUUUUAUGCUUGGAAAAAACGAUCAACCAUAUUUAUCUCA